AUGUUGGAUGACAAACAACUACAGUUUUAUGCUCUUGCAGAGAUCGAUGACUUGCUCAGGUCAAUAGGCAAAUCUUUAAAGAAUUUUCCUCAACUUCCUCAACCACCUGAAAACUACCUCAAACAUGGUACUAAUAAUUUGAUUUUAGAAGAAACCAACUACAACAUUAAUGAGAUGGAAAAAGAAAACCACGGGUUGCUAUCUACUAUCAACGACGAACAGUUAAAUGUGUACAACGCCAUUCUAGAAUCUGUUGGGAAGAACGAAGGUGGACUCUACUUUGUUCAUGGCAGUGGUGGUUGUGGGAAGACCUUCCUUUGGAGAACUUUGAUUUCCAAGUUAAGGUCUCAAGGAGACAUUGUUCUACCGGUUGCAUCUUCGGGAAUCGCUGCCACGCUUAUGCCAGGAGGUCGAACUGCACAUUCCAGGUUUAAAAUACCUAUUGUCCUAGACGAACUAUCUGUUUGUGCUAUAGGUAAUAAAUCAGACAUUGCUGAGUUAAUUAGGCAUACCAAACUUAUUAUUUGGGACGAGGCUCCAAUGCAACAUAGAUUUGCCUUUGAAUUCUUGGAUCGAUCUUUGAGAGAUAUUAUGCGGUGUGUCGAUGAUAGUCGUGCCGCUCUACCUUUUGGUGGAAUAACAGUUGUUCUAGGUGGUGAUUUCCGUCAAAUUCUUCCAGUUAUACCUCAUGGAGACAGAGCUGAGAUAUUGGCAGCCUGUAUCACGAGAUCAAGACUUUGGAAUAUUUGCAAAAUAUUCAUUCUGGAAGGGAACAUGCGUCUCAACAGCGGUUCGUCUCAGGCAGAAGUUGAUGAACUAAAUGAAUUUGCCAAAUGGGUACUUGCAGCAGGAGAUGGCAGGUUGGAAGGUGAUGAAGAAGCAAAAUCUCUCUUUGUCGAGGACGGUAUUCAAGUACCACUGCAGUUCUGUGACUUGGAAAAUGACAACACCGUUGAGAACAUGAUUCACAGCAUCUAUCCAGAUUUUGCAGAGAAUUCCACAAAUGCCAAGUAUCUCAGUGAAAGAGCCAUCUUGACUCCUACAAACCAAACUGUUGGACACCUAAAUUCUCUAAUUGUAGAUAUGAUACCAGGAGACGCCGUUACUUAUUACAAUGUUGAUAGUGCAGAAGACUUUGGCGGCACAGAUGAUGAUUUGAAGUCUGCCUUUCCUGUUGAGUAUCUGAAUUCGCUUUCAGUUCCAGGCUUGCCGGCUCAUGACUUGAAGCUAAAAGUUGGGGCAGUUGUGAUGCUGAUGAGGAAUUUGAAUCAAACUCUUGGCCUUUGCAAUGGAACUAGAAUGAUCUGUUAG